AGAAGAGAAGCGAAGCGAAGCGAAGCUUGCUGAAGGAGCAGCACAUGAUACGGCUGUGGGAUGAAGAACCCCGGAACUGCAAGAUCUUCUUGUAGCUAAGAUGAAAGCACUGAAUGCUGUUCAGGAGAAAAAUCUUUCCUUGCAAAGUGAGAUCACUUUGCUCAAAAGCAUGACUGAAGGAGAAGGAAUGGAGGCGAUACAUUUCUACUCACCCUUCAGUUCACCAGACUUGGGCCAGUUCUGUGGUUCCCUAGAUUUCAUGACAAAGAGAUCAACUGGGCCCUCAGAGGAUGCACUCUUCUUUGAGUUAGUUCCAACUUCUUCUGCAGCUGCUAUGAUCAAUGGGACCACAACAGCAACCAGAUUAUCCAAAUCUCCUGCAGCAGUUCAUACAACUCAAGAGAGAGACUCAGCUACUUCUAUCACUAGUACCAGCUCAGCAGAGUGGUCAUGUCCUAACUGUAUAUGCCCCAGCCCUGCUACAAGUAUAUCAGACCAAGGUCAAGAGGAUAUCAGUUCUUCCUAUACUGACUUGGAGAAGAAUACCCAACUCCUAAGACAUUUGGAGAGGACACCUUCAGCAGCUGAGGACUACAACAUUUCUGCAUCCAGUGCUCUUGGAAACUUAAGAAUUGGUGAUGUUCAUCCAGGUGGUCAUUUUGUGAAGAUCCUUAACUCUUCCCCUGUUAUAGAAGAGAGUAUUGGGGAUUAUAUCCUCCAGCAGAAUGUCAAUGGCCAAGCAGUAGCAGUGUUCAGAUUCCCACCAAACAUCAGAAUGAGUGCCAACUCUACAGUAACAAUAUGGGUAGUAGAUGCCAAUGUGCUUCAUAAGCCUCCAUCAGAUUUUUUCUGGAAGGAGCAAAAUCGAUUAAGGAUGGACUUAGAUUGUACCACCAUCCUUUGUGAACCAAGUGGCCAAGCUGUUGCCUGGUGCACUCCUAUGUACUGGAACAGAAAGCUGAGAUGGAAGGGGCAAGAAGACAGUGAACACCUGAAGAAUAACACAAAACCAACCAAACUAAUAAAACAACAAAGAAAAUCAGAAUUGAGACUAUCUGAUAUAGAACAGGAAGAAGCUGUCCAAGGCCAACCAAAAGAAAAAGGACCAAUUUUCAUUAAAAGAGAAAAAAAGGCCCCAGCAACCCUUGUCCCAACACGGAAUUCUUGGUGCCAAAGUCCAAACUCUUCUACUCACCCUCACUUCUCCCUGGUUAGACCAUUAACCAUGGGCAAUGAUGGCAGCAGUCUGUGCAGACAGUCCAGGUGUCAGUCAGCAAAACCUGACCCAGCACCAGAGAGCUAUUGACAACCUGAAAGAAUUCAGAGGGGAGUGACGGUGUAAUUAAAAGUCUGAAGAGACUGACAUAUCAGGAAAGAUAUUUAAAAGGAUUAAGUGUGUGUUUGACAACUAAGGUGACUGUCAAAUGUUUGGAAAGAUUCAAAC